UCCAAUGACUUGUUGCCAUCCUAUUAUCAGGCGUUUGGUGCCUGACCUGCUGUCAUAGGUUUAUGAAUGAGUACAUCUGACAACACCAGAUAUACUUCACAAGAAGCUCUCGCGGGCUCAAAGUGAAACUCUAUAGGCUUCAAGGAAUUCUGACGCGUUUUCACCUGAAAACAAAUUUAAUUAGGAAUUAUUUCUAUAUAGCUCAGUGUGUUGUAAUAAAACACCAAAUGGAUGUUCUUAAAGAAAGCCUCAGCACACUCCAGCUGCAGCUUCUUCCUCCUGAGGGUCUGUGUCUACAUUAUUGAUUCCCAGAGGCUGCUGCUGCUGGCCAAUAGGCUCCUGAGUUUUUUUCAAAGGGAUGGGAGCAGAUGAAGUGAUGAGAUUCGUGUAACUUUUGGAUGACCCCUUCUUGACAAAGACAGUGUCCAUCAAUUGUCCUCAGUCAUUAUUCGCUGCUUUCAUGCCGAGGGGCUUUUUGUAUCUUUUGUUGGUUUCUCUGUUGAACACCAUGCCUUCAAGUUACACUUUACAAACUGAUAUAUUUUUACAUCUACUUUGAUAAAACCACCUCAUGCAUGGGUCCAGUAUCUUUAAAAUAUAUAAUUAUAAAGGUAUAAAUUGAUGCAACGUUGGAACUAUGUUUCUCUCUUCUUCUUUUUUUUCAAGCACGUAUUUUAUUAUCCAAAUGUGCAAGCAGAUAUUUCAGUAUAAUAUAUAUUUGUUUUCCUCCACCUGGGUAUCAUUUUGUUGUCAGAUACAAUUGCUUUUAGUUGUAUGUUUACCCGUUCGUGAACCAGCAUCACCUCUAUUGGCCGAUCUGGUCACAUGGUUCGCUAACUUUAUUCAGUUGACACCAAGUAGGAGGGCUUUAUGGAGGGAGGAAAAAAAGACAACUCGAGAAAAAUUAGUAUUUUCUACCUUCAGAAAUUAAUGGCCAUGAGUUCGUUUAUGGUGAACUCUAAGUAUGUGGAUCCCCAAUUUCCUCCCUGCGAGGAAUAUUCACAAAAUAACUAUAUACCUGAGCAGGGCUCGGACUUCUACAGUCCAGCGCAGGACACAGUCUUUCAGCAUCCAGGGAUCUACCCACGGCCAAACUACCCGGAGCAGCCCUUCUGCAGCACUGGGCAGGACUCCACUGUGCAGGACUCCACUGUGCUGCCACGGGGUCAGGACAGAUCCAGUAGACCCAGCACUUUUAGCGCACAGACUGAGGAGGGGACCCCGGUGCAAGUGUCCGGACCCCGGACAGUUGGACAGGAGCAAAACACAAAGAGCCAAAAUGGGAUACAGUCCAAGCAGCCUGCAGUAGUUUACCCCUGGAUGAAGAAAGUCCACGUAAAUACUGUGAACCCGGAUUACACAGGACCCGAUACCAAACGGUCCAGGACAGCUUACACCCGGCAGCAGGUUUUGGAGCUAGAAAAGGAGUUUCAUUUUAACAGGUAUCUGACGAGGCGGCGACGGAUUGAGAUUGCCCACACUCUUUGUCUCUCCGAAAGGCAAAUCAAAAUUUGGUUUCAAAACAGGAGGAUGAAAUGGAAGAAAGACCACAAACUACCCAACACCAAGGGCAGAUCUGCCCCAACAUCCAGCCAUCUGCAAAACCUCCAAAAGGACAACCAGACUGAUAUCACAUCAUUAUAAGAAAGGAUGAAAGUCCUUUUUAGACACAAACUGUACAUAAAAAAGACAGAGGUUGCAUCUGACUUUUGCAUGGACUGAUGAUGUUUUUAGACAUGUUUUUUAUUUAACAAAAAAGACCCCAGCAGUGUUGACUCAAGAGUCAGAAAAUCAAUCAGUCUUUAUAAGUGAGAGGUUUGAAAAGCUCUGUCUUGUUUUAAUUUCCUCAAAGAGACACAAAAAACACCGAAACAAACUUUUCUUUCUUUCGUUUUUUUUUUUGGACGUUACCCAACUGAGGACAUUUAAUGAGGGAUCUCGGCUGAUUUCAUGGAUUUAAACAAAGUCUUCCAGAUCUUCUCACGUGGAUUCACGCUGGUUUUACAGAUCGAAAUCUCUUAUUUCAGAACAGGGAAGCCUUUGGUUGAAAUUACACGCACACACAAAGGUUAUUUCUAUUUUGUUCCUAUUCAAACCUCACAUUAACCGCACAAUAUAGAAAAAUAGCCUAUAUACUUGAAGGAGGUAUUAUUUGCAUAGAGCACGCCAAACACAACCUACUUUCGUAAGUUGCAAAAACCCCGUUGAAUCUCAGAUCACGUUUCUUUGUGACUCUUAUUUGUUUUAACUUAUUUUGUAAAAUAAAACGUUGAAUUUUUGUUAGCCUAAAUAUUAUUCCUAAACGCAAGACAUUCCUGUGUGCAAACUAUUCUGAGUGCCCUUAUAAAUCUCUCUUGACAUCUUUGUAAACAGUGUACAUUUUCAGAGGCUCUCGCACCAUUUGAGAGUCCUACUAUAAAAGAUCAUUUGUUCCUGCAUGGCAUCAAAUUGAUAUUGGAUGUUUCUCAUCGGAAAUAAUAAAAUCCAGAAUAUUUAGGAAUAUAAUGUUCGUUUCUUCUUGAUAUUAUUUUUUAAGUCAUUAUUUAUUUAAAAAAACGUGUACAUUUUCGUAUAGCACACAUACAAUUUUAAUUAAAAGUAUUCGUUAAAUUUCAAUUGAUCUAAAAUAUGUUUGAACUCUUGUGAAUUAUUAGCAUGGCUUUACGCAGAGUUUGUAGUCUUUAGUUAAUGUGGGAAUCUUCUAGUUUUUCAUUUACACAGAGCUGACCGAGGGGGGCUUUCACGUCACGUUUUCAAAGACAGAUAUUCCUUGUUUGAUACCGUCAUUGUCUUUCGGACAAAAAAAGCCCAGAAGCUCAUCCCAGUAAGAAGAGGUCUUUCUCUGUGAAGUCUUCCCGAUGAGAGGCUUGAAAAGGUAUUUCAACCGCAGGUCGACAAAAGCAGCAGAGGCAGGUUCAUCCAGGGGCCACAUUUCAGCCGCAGGACUGACCCCAACACCUCUGACCCGCCGGACGAGCAGCUCUCCCAGGCGCUCCGAGCUUUGCUUUGGAGGCUUUUUUCCAAAUUUAAAAAAAGAGUUAAAAAUAUUCAGGGCGUAAAUUCCAUAGUUUUUACACGUGUUUUGACAGUAGGCCUAUUUAUAUAUCAUCCCCCAGAAGCUUCUGAUUUGUGCAUUUGUCUCCUCAUGUCAAUAUGCAAUAUUUUUGGUUUUAUUUUUGUACAUGCUUUUUACCUUGUAUUGUGCA